UCUCUCUCUCCCUCCUUCUUUCUCUUUCUCCGUGGGCUGACUCACUCUCUCGAUCAGGUAAACGUAAACCUGCGUUGGUUGCCACUUCAUGUCCGAUUCCUGAAUCAGUCGCACAGGCACCAGCGAGUCGAGCGCUCCUCGUGUUGUUCUCUCGAUCGGGCCCCACGAUUGUCACGAUCCGUCGUUGAUCCUUCAAUACGUAGUCCAGAAAUUACGCGGACCACGGCUGGAUUUUAAUCGUUCAGAGCGUUUCAUCAGGCAUUUAGCAGGGGAGAGGGAGCCAUGGAGUCGUGGCUGAGCGACGUUCAACGUGUGCGGAUCCCGCGGCCCAAAUUCGGCAGCGGCAAUUCCGUGCGGCGGUCGAACUCGGCGGUGCAGCAUUCGACGCGCUCGGAGAUGCACUCCCAUCGACAGGGUCAGGACGUGGCCAAGGCCACGGAGGAGCUGCGCCAGGCGCUCCAGGACAAGCUCUGAUCGACCUCGCGGGGCCGUCGUAAGGUUCCGGCGAGGGCGCGGGAAACUUACUUCACGUACCUUCCUCGCCAUCCUCGUACCUGCCUGCCAUGAAGAGAGCCUGCUCGACGACGAGUGAUCUCGAAUCGUUGAAUUUCCUGUCGCCGUAUCGAGCGUUUUUAAAGUUUCCGAAUUUUAAGAUAUUUCUUUAAUGUUAUAUUUUUAGAUAAUUACUGUACGUCUAGAAUAUAUGAGUGUUAAGUUGUUUAAAAGCAAUUAAUAGAUUAUACUAUAUACUGAAAGUGAUGACAGAAAUGCGAGGAUCUAUAAGUUUGGAAAUUUAGAUUUCUUUAGAGAAAAAUGUUUUGUUCGAGCUAAAUUUGAGGAUCAAAUCAAUUGAAAUAAUUACAUUAAAUUUGGAUUAAAAUACCUUUA